AUGUCCGGACCAAUUGAGGUCCUCGUCGACAAGAGUUUUCCGCGCAGAACCGAAUUCUCAGGCUUUGUUGUGAGACGCAUGAGUGGUCUGACUCUGCAUUUAUUGAGUGGAAGCCCGGUUUAUUUCAAUAUUGUUUUCUGGUGUUGCCUGUGGUUGGUCCAAAAUGACUUGGUGGCGUCAAUCCUUCGGAUUUCAACAACGACGAUUGAGACUCUGCGACUUGCUUCGGAACUCGUGGAAGGGAUUGCCGAGGAGCAUGGCAUUGUUUCUGAGAGCGACUUGACGGAGAUUGGAGCCAUGAAUCAACGCAUUCGAUCUGUCGUAGAAAAGGCUCUAUUACAGAAAGAUCAACUGAUCGGUUCCUCGAUUUUGACCUUGGCAAAGAAUCUCAACACUAGUCAUGCCCGCUUUGUCUUCGAACUUCUUCAAAACGCCGAUGACAAUAAGUUCGUUGCAGCAAACAGUCGGGGUGUUGAGCCUUUUGUAAAGUUUAGUGUGUACCGAGAACGUAUCAAAAUUGAGUGCAACGAGGAUGGCUUCACCUAUCACGACCUCAAAGCCAUCUGUGCGAUUGGCCAGAGCUCAAAGAAUCGCAGUCAUGGUUACAUCGGGGAAAAAGGUAUCGGCUUCAAAUCCGUCUUCAUGGCUGCCUACAAAGUCAACAUUCUCUCGAACGACUUUUCCUUCAGCUUCACCCAUCGAAAGGGCGACAGUGGGUUGGGGAUGGUUACCCCUGUCUGGGAACCAGACUUUAUCCCGCAGUGUGAACAAGCUUCAAGUUCCAUUACACUUCAUCUUCAUCAGUACGAUGACACUUCUCUCUCAGAGGCGGCGCGGCAGAGGGAGGAAAUUAACAGAGAGUUCGAAAACCUUCCAAUCACAGUUUUGCUUUUUCUGAGGAAUCUGCGACGCAUCGAAAUCCAGUUUCACGACGACAAUGACACGGAAACAAAACGAGUGGAGUAUUCCUUCUCAACUUCAAGUUCGAACACUCUCAUAGAGAGAGUAUGGCUAUCCGACCGUGAGUCUUCUUCCGGCGAGACUGUCCAGAGAAAGCAUCACGUCACACGUCAAGUGAUUCGAGAUGCUCCUCCAAACGAAAAUAGGGAGCUUUCUGAAGGCAAUGGCCGUGCGGAUGCUGAGACUGAAGUUAUCCUGGCUUUCCCACUUACCGAUGACUACACCCCCAUCAUUGAUAACCAGCCAGUUUUCGCGUUCCUUCCAAUGAUGCCCUUGGGCUUCAAGUUCAUCAUCCAAGCUGAUUUCGUCACCAACUCGUCUCGCGAAGGAAUUGUGAUUUCAUCUGCACGUAACUUGGCAAUCAGAAAUGGUAUCGCGACUUGUUUCCUCAAAGCCGUGGAGGAGAUGUGCCAACAUCCCAUGUUGCAAUUUCAAUGGAUGAGGUGGCUUCCACAGAGACAUUCAUACCCUUGGGAUAGCUUCUGGAGUGGCUUGCUCGAAGACAUUGUAAGCCGUAUCAAGACGAGCAAGAUUCUUCGCACAAGGGGGAGUGGUCACCUGGGCGGCAUUCACUCGCUGCGUCGCCUACAGUCCAAUUGGCUCGACGAAGCUGGGACUCCGUUAUUCGACGACCUUGAUGCUGAGAUCUAUGUUGCCGAAGAAUACCAGAUCAAGGAUCUAAGCUUACUUGAGCCGUACGGUCUGAAAUGGCUGUCAGCAGACGAGAGAAUAGCUCGGAUGGAACGGGACCUUGGCCAACCGGCUGGUAAAUCAAGAAUGAAGAAUCCGUCCACCAGUACGCAAUGGCAUUCACUAGCUGCCAGUACGAUUCAGAGACUCGUCGCUACCGCGUCCCCACAGAGCCUAGCGAGAAUUCACACUUUGGACAUCAUACCUCUAAGGGAUGGCAGUUGGACCUCGAUUAAUCAAAACAGACGACCCAUUUACUUCCCCUUCUGUCGGAAUGGUCUUGAAAUCCCCGCAGAUCUUCCCUUGUCUCUCAUCUGCCCAGAGGCAUCUGCUGUCGAUGAUCGUUACAAGCUCUUUCAACUGCUCGGUGUUCAAACGGCAAUGGUUGAAGAGGUCCAACAAUUGAUCUUUGAAGCUCCAGUCCCGACUUCGAAGACCGAGGGUACUCUGCUAGCAUCCGUCAACAACAUGAAGUUUCUAUAUUCAUCUUACCACCAUACUUCUUCCGGUGUAGAAAGCUCAACUGAAAUCACUAAGCUCUUUGUCUUUGAUCAGACAAUGGAGAUUCAGCUACCUCAUCGCCAAGAUGUCUACCUCGCCACAAGCGGUCCCUAUGAGCCUUGCCGUCUUUUACAGCCUACACCAAAUCAGCCAGAUGGGUUCUUUGUGUCAUUUUUGCACGAUCAGUACUCUGAACACCCUCCAGAGACACCGGCGGGAUCGGAGCAGGCAUGGUUUGAUUGGCUUGAGCGUGUUCUGCGAAUACGCCGUCGGCUGAGACUAACCUCUUCUACGUCUCCGGAAAGUCUUUCUCCCGAGCUCGACUUUGUCCGCAUUUUUCGUCCCGAAAGCUUCAUCGAGGCACUUCAACAUCAUUGGAUUCUGCUGAAUCAUGAUGACUCGAGGACCUCGAAAUUCCUUCGCAACCUUCGAGACCUCAACAUCACAUGCAAGGACGGCAGGGACUACCCACUCGCGGAGACGUUUCUGCCACUGUUAGAGCUCCAGGCUGUUGUCUCUUCGUACCUUGGAGAUUCAACAAUCAGCUUCCUUCAAAUCGAUGAAGCCGCACAUUCUGCCUCAUAUCAUUCAAAAUGGGGCUUCUUAGUCAACGAGCUUGGUGUCCGAGCUCGAGAUGACGUGAACUUGCGUUUGUCAAUUCUUGAAAAGGUUAUUGAAGGUCAGCCACAACAAGGGAGCUAUAGAAAGAUUCUGGGUCUCUACGAAAUGAUACAACUUCGGUGUGAGGAGUCUGCAUCCAAAGAUCAAGUUGCCACAGUUAAACUUCUGCCGCCAGAGACAUUGCAUCUUGUUGAGGACGGCAUACUGACCUGGAGAAGGCCGGAUACCUGUGUCUGGGCAGCCCCAGGUGUUCCGUACGCUUACACUGCUCUUGAAGGGCGAUUCACGAACGAUUGCUCCGAAGAUCCUGUGGAUUCUCUGGAGAGGUUUAUGAAGGUGACACUGGGAAUAGGAGAUUGGGACGAAAAAUGCUGCAUACAGGAGCUGAAGCACAUGAAGGGUGCGAAUUGCGAUGAUUUCGACUGGGUUGUGGAAAUUUACGAGUUUAUUCACGCCUGCGACAUGUCAGAAAGUCAAUUGAAGGACUUCAGGACCCUCUUCAGGACAACGCCUCUCAUAUUCGUUCCGAAUGGCGAGACGUUCAGAUGGUGUACAACAGCCGAGUGCUUAUGGUCAAGCGGGGCUAAGAUUCAGGGACGAACGACUCUCAGCUCCAUCUACGAAGACUUGGAAGACUUCUUCGUCGAAACACUCGGGGUACAAAGACUAACUCUUGCAAUGGCAUGCGAUGAGCUUCUGAAGAAGGGGACUGAGCAAACAGCCGCCACCAUUGCCGAAGUUAAAGAAACAAUAUGGGCGGUGAACACCCUUCUUCAGACUGCAACGUUGUACCCUGACCCAGAGCAGUUACUGGAAAGUGCCAUAUUUCCCGUUGAAUAUCCAAAUGGGCAGGUCUGUCUCGAGACUUUUCGCACACAUUUCGUUAUUAGGGACCGCAAACCCUUAGCCACGAUAUUUGCUUCUAAAGUCAAGUUUCUGGACUUUUCUCUUGAUGAAGUUCAUAGGCUCAGUAACUUCUUUUCUUGGUUAGGUUUAGAUUCCCGAUAUCUCUCCUCUUCCGUAAAGGAAAUCUCUACUGUUGCCAGCGAUUCUCAAAUCAGAGUGCAACGUCCUGAUAGAGAUAUUAGAAGGAGAGCAGGUGGUUCUCAAGCUGGAAGUUUCACUGACCUGGUAACGACACUAGGGUUGCGUCUCACUUCAACAGUCCUCGUUCGGACGACGUCCAUGGUCUAUAUCACACACUCUGAUGGUAAAGCACACAUCCAUGCCAAGUCAUCAAGCGAGCUUCACAUCCGAGAGGCGGCUGGUCGCUUACAGAUAUACGUCCCUCUGAGCAAAGAGAGGCAGGAUUUCUGUUAUCACUCGAGUCUUCCAAGGCGUCUUCUGGAGUGGGUCAUGACAGAACCCGAGACACAAAUUUGUGGUGCAAUACCACACCGAGCCAUCAGUGCAAUGAGCUCAGCUCUCAACGCACCGAUCCAAAGCGUGUCACAGAUCCUAGAGGCAGAAGGGAUUAUUGACUUGGGCGGUAUUAAUGAAGACGAUCAAGGCCAAGAGUUCGAAGAGAGAUCUGAUGCCUCGCCUCCACCGGUGGCAGACUCUCAACGCCAAGGUUUCGCGGCUGAGAUGCCCAUAAGACCCUUCUCUUUGACGGGGCCCCGUUUCGUUUCAGGACCUGCUGUUACUCAUCCUACAUUUACGCAGCAGACAAGUACUCCCGCUUCUCCUGAUAGCAACAGAAGUUAUCGCUUGCAGCCGAACUCACCUGUCGAUGCAGCCGCCGCAAGCCUACCACCAGACAUCUUUCAUUUUGGGGAAACUUCCACGACACCCACUGCUACGGCCUUGCCUAGACUCGAUGCGUUCAGCGCAGAGUAUCUGAGAAUACUCAACAACGUCAUCUUUUCUGCGCGGCGUAGAUCGUUUCCUGACUUUGAUCCUACAAGAACAGGACAGUCAGCAGAAUGUGUCUCAAGCCCAAGUUCCAAUCCGUGGAUACCUUCGGGAAGUGACAAGAAUAUCGGCGCCGCCGGCGAGCUCUUUGUUUAUGAACUGCUCUCACAUCUCAAUCCUUCACUUCCGGGAUUUGGCCUGGACAAUUGGCAAAGUACGAUGCGAAAAUAUGUAGCAGUCCAUCCCGAAUAUUCCUGCGUGACUCCUUGGGAAGGUCAAGAGACUGCCGACAUCGUCUACGACGACAGGUUUGGAGUUCUAACCGAGAUUCUUAUCGAAAAGGGGUAUUUGGAGCGAACCAAGUGGAUCGGCAAGAAACCGCAAUACUUGAUCGAAGUCAAGACUACGCCCGGCGAUGCUGCAAGGCCGUUCUUCGUGAGCAAGUAUCAGUACAACAGGAUGAGGUCUUACACAGAUGCGUCAACGUCCCCGGGAGGAUCUUGCACAGUUUACAUGCUGCUUCGAGUCUUCAACCUUACUACGUCGGACAUCGAUUUCAACGUCUACAUGGACCCGUAUGCUUUACAGCAGGACGGCACACUGAUCUUCACGGAACAUACUUGGCAGGUGGUCCCAAUGCAAGGCAAUAGAGCUGCUUGA